GAUCAGUUAAGUAUCAAUCGUGAUUGGUUAAUUCUGGUCAAUUCUAUUUAACGACAAAUGCGAUUGGUCAAUUCCAAUAGAAAAAUCAGCUGUUAAAUUAACUGGAGGUUGUGAAAGACGUGAAAGCGUGAAAGUAGCAUAUGAAGUCGUUUGUUGUUGAACGGCCGUUCUCAUCAAUUCUGAUCCAUUCUUGCUAAAUUUUAUCGACAAGUGAAUAAAAUAAAUUAGUUCCUCUUUAACUUUCAAAAAUGACGACACUUAGGCCCUUUACGUGCAAUGAUUUGUUCAAAUUCAACAACGUGAAUUUGGAUCCACUCACAGAAACAUAUGGGCUCUCGUUUUAUAUGCAUUACCUUUCACAUUGGCCGGAAUACAUUCAAGUGGCAGAAUCACCAAGCGGUGAAAUUAUGGGUUAUAUUAUGGGAAAGGCUGAAGGUCAUGGAGAAAAUUGGCACGGUCAUGUAACAGCUCUCACAGUUUCUCCCGAUUACAGAAGAUUGGGUCUUGCUGCAAUGCUGAUGAAAUAUCUCGAAGAUGUGUCAGAAAAGAAACAGGCGUACUUCGUAGACCUCUUUGUCAGGGUGAGCAACAAGGUAGCUAUUACAAUGUACCAACAAUUGGGAUACAUCGUGUAUAGAACAGUAUUAGAAUAUUAUAAUGGAGAUCCAGACGAAGAUGCAUAUGAUAUGAGGAAAGCUUUGUCAAAAGAUGUGAAAAAGAAAUCUAUGAUUCCACUAACACAUCCUGUGAGACCGGAAGAAGUGGACUGAAGCAUCAAACUUCUUGCAUUAGCAAAACCUGAAAACUAACUUAUACACAAGUCAUCCGUACAAAUUAUUAUAUAAUUAACGUAUAUAUAAAAAUAAAUAUCUAAAAUUUA